UUGUUUCAACGGCUUCGGUCAGAGUGGCUCAUGAAUGAAAAAACAACCUUUACUGUUGUUGCUCGGCGUUAGCCAGCUAGCUAGCUAACUAACAGCAUGUCAGGUUAGCUUGCACUUAAGACACCCUUCGUGCCCCGAUGCUGAAAAACUACAGCCGACACGACGAGACACCGGCUGAGCCCCUUCUGCACUAACAACCUGUGCUCUGUGUUUGACUAGAGUCUGGUGUCAGCUAGCUUAUUGGCUUCAGAUAAGAACGUGAAGCGUAACAGCUGGGUUUCAUCUCGACAUACACCGCUGCUGACUGCUCUUUGCAAUGUGGACCCCUUGCACCAGUUGUUUAGUGUUAGCCAUCUAAGAGGCCUCGCUUGCCGGUGCUCAUUGCCUUUCCACAGUGAAGUUAUGCGAACAGUUAGCCGGAUGGUACACUGUCUGGAGCAUCAGUCUGCGGCAGGCUCCACUGUGUGGUCCUACCAGUCAGUUCCACGUUGUGUGACGGAAGGAGGAGGGGGUUAAAGAAGAAUAGAGUUUCAGCUGGUACACUUUGUGAGAAGAGCAACAGUUCCCUCCCUGUUGACAGUCUGUAGAGCUGUACUUACUGCAGUAGAAAGGGAGGCAUGACAGAUCUGUAGGCUGCUCCGAGUUCAGGAUGAUGGCUGAAGGGUAAUAUCCAAGAAGUCACAUUCCCUCAACCCAAAGUGACCCCACUUCCCCCUUUUUUACUUUCAUCUGCACUUCUGCAACCUCCCCUUGCCUGACUCUGCGUGUCCUAUCUCAGCCCAUUUCCCUUUUCCAAAAGGGGUUUUAAUGGGAUGCAUGCAUUCCACAGUAGGAUCAUGUGAAUUUCUAAUAAAUUGGACAAUUCUCCUCCUGGCAGCCUUCCGACCAAAAAACAAAUCAAACGCUCAAAUUUGAAAAAAUUACAAUGUGAUCGUAUAUCAACUUCUGGCCCAUCUGAGAUCGCCACCUCAGUCCGUAGGAGUCGACUCUGGUUCCAUCACUUGUUCCCUACCUGCAGCCUUUUCCACAUCCCCAUCCCUUUUUUUGUGUCAUUGGGCCAUGGUUCGCAAGAAAGGUUCUCUUAUCCUAUGCAGUGCUUUCCUGUUUGUUGCCUGGAAUGCUUUGCUUCUACUUUAUCUUUGGGGUCGUCCUCCCAUUGGCCGCCUCGGAGAAGGUGUUGGAGCCGAACCAGGAGGAAAGGAAGAGUGGGCCGUGGGAAGAGGGAAAGGAGGCCGGGUCAACCUGGCCGCGGAGGUGAUCCGGCUGGCAGAGGAGGUCGAAAUUCAGCUAGAGACCCAGAAAGAGCUACUGAAGCAGAUUGAAAGUCACCGGGCUGUGUGGGCUCGGCAGAAAGACGUUGGGAAAAGAGAAACUGAGGAUGCAAAAGAAGUCAAACAAGAGGUUGUCCACCAGCCACUAAAGCUUCCACUCCCUCCAAAAGAUAGUGUGGAUGAUAGGGACCAAACUCAAGAAAAAAAUACACAGAAGCCUGUUCAUACAGUAGCUUCAGACUCUAAGUUAGACCAGCAUCAGGCCAUUGACAUAAAAGAAGACAUUGCUGAGAGCAAUAAAUUGGCGACUUCCGUUGCCAGCCCAGAAGUGGUCAUUCCCGUUCUAGUCAUUGCUUGUGACAGAGUGACGGUAAAACGGAGCCUCGACAGACUGAUACAGUACCGCCCUUCUCCAGCACUAUAUCCAAUCAUUGUCAGCCAGGACUGCGGCCAUGCCGAGACAGCUCGAGUGAUUGGCUCAUAUGGAGAUCAAGUGACUCACAUUAGCCAACCGGAGCUGUCGGACAUCAGAGUUCGACCAGAGCACAGGAAGUUCCAGGGCUACUACAAAAUUGCCCGACAUUACCACUGGGCACUCAACCAGGUGUUCAACACGUUCUCCCAGUCUACUGUGAUCAUAGUGGAGGAUGACCUGGAGGUGUCCCCGGACUUCUUUGAGUAUUUCCGAGCCCUGUACCCGAUCUUGCGCGAUGACCCCACCCUGUGGUGUGCUUCUGCGUGGAACGAUAACGGCAGAGACGCCUUGGUGGAUCCAUCCAAAGCCGGGCUCCUCUACAGAACAGACUUCUUCCCCGGUCUGGGCUGGAUGCUGCUGAAGGAGAUGUGGGAUGAACUGGAACCCAAAUGGCCCUCGGCCUUCUGGGAUGACUGGAUGCGCCAUCCGGAGCAACGCAAAGACCGCUCCUGCAUCCGACCCGAAAUCUCUCGAACUAUCACCUUUGGCCGGAAAGGCGUCAGUUUAGGUCAAUUCUUUGACCAGUACCUUCGCUAUAUUAAGCUCAACACUGAAUUUGUGCCUUUUACCAAACAGGAUUUGUCUUAUUUGCUAAAAGAGAAGUAUGAUGAAAAGUUUAUAAAAGAGAUUUACAGCACCCCUCUGGUGAAGAUUGAGGACCUGCAACAAGGGGGCAGCCUAAGAGGCCCUGGACCGUACAGGGUGCAGUACUCAAGCCGGGACAGUUUUAAAGUCUUUGCUCGAAAUCUGGGGGUGAUGGACGACUUGAAGUCUGGAAUUCCUCGUACAGGUUACAGGGGCAUAGUGAACUUCCUGUACCGGGGUCGAAGGGUGUUCUUGGCUCCACCAGAGGGCUGGACGCAGUAUGACGUCAGCUGGAGCUGAGAGAAGGAACAGACUACAAUGUGAAUGGUGUUGAAGAGGGGAGAGAGCCUUACUCAGAGGAACACCCUCUCAGACCAAAGAAUAUCAGCAGACACAGUGGUUCAUGAAGGAACUAAAGCAGCACCGAUGGGCGGGGAGGUCAAGAGUUGACCCGGGCCUGUUUGUUACGUAAUGCUGAUACAGGAUCAGCCGGUUCAACGGCCACACAUACUUCACAAAGAGUUCAAAGUUUCAGGGCAAGAAGAUUCCACCUUAAACACUGCUUCAAAAAAGCUCUUGGCAACGUGCCUUGCUCUCUGGGCCCAUUUAGUUUGGUGUGUUUUAUCCCUGUGAAUAACUGGCCAAAUGCAGACGGAACAUCACAUUCAGAUGUCUGCAGCAGCUCUAAUGGAGUUGGGUAGCAGGAAACAUUUAAUCUGUUUCAGUGUCCAUGAUAAAAUAAUACACCAAGCUGAGGGGUCAUCUCUAGAACCGGUUCAUCUUUUUACUUUCAGCAAAGUUGAUGAAAGCUGAUAAAAUUGAUCCAACUCUUCAGAUGAUGUUACUGUUCAAGCCUAUAAACUAAUCGGAGGCAAAAUGAGAAGCUUCUCCAAUGUUUGAGAGCAAACUAAGGCUGAAGUCAGCCUGGUGGUAAACAUUAAAGAUUAACGACAUUAUUUCACCAGGAUUUUAACCAAUGAGAUUUAAAUCUCUUUUUUAAGAUGGCAGCAAACAACAGACUGAAAGGAAAACAGCAGAGUUUAGACAAACAUCAGAGAGAAGGAAGUGCAGAAGAAGCAGAGCCAUCAUCCUCCCAGAUUACAGUAGCCCUGAUCCAGGACCAACACACUCCUCAGACCGACCGGCAGACCAGGAAUGGUGUCAUCUGUUGAAUUGGUACAAACCAUGUAGGAUUUGUUUCUCACUCUCUGGAGGGACAAAGGUAGACAGGAGACAUUAUAGCGGUCCUACCAGUGCACACGCUUUACAUGGUCUGUGUUGCCUGUACAGGAAGAGAGCGUUGUUGGUCAAAGUAAAUCUGUUGUUAUUUCACUCGCUUUCAGAACACUCAUCAGCUGACUUAGUAUUUUUAACAUUCUUUGUUUGAUACAUUUCAUGAGCUGCUCAUCAGAAUCAGCCUUGUUGACCAAGUAUGUGUACACAUACAAGGUUUUAGUUUGCUCUCAAUUUACAGGAAGCGGCAUCGCUUGCACUCGACCACAACUGCUGUUUUACCAUUGAGGACGAGGGGUUUUCGGAAGCUUAGGACAUAAUGAGAGGAAGUUGUAGUUGCCAGAAAGUAAGAAGACCAAAAACCUGAGAAUGUUUUCAGUACGUAGCAGAUGUAUAGGAGCAUGGCAGGAUCAACGGUGGAGUCUUUCUUAAAUUCUAGAUGCUGAUGUUCUUAGAUCAGUUCAUGGGUGACGGAGCACAACACUAAGUCAAAGCAGAGAGAUGGCCUCCACAUGCCUCCGACUCAGAUGGUGGGACUUCAUUGAAACACACAGUCAGACUGCUUUGUUAGAAGCAUGCUGAGGUCUUUAUGGUCCUGCUCAAGCUCGUCUUAGAAGGCCUGUUAUUCUUUUUUGGUAAUGUAUUUAAUGUUUCUGAGCUUAAACGCCAUCAGUGUGAUGGUUGAAGAGAAUUCCCUUCUACUUUCAGAGGGUUUGUAGAAGGACAUAGUAAAUAUGAAGGAUGGACCUUUAAUGUUUAAGCUAUUUUGAAAUGAUUUCAUUGUCUUGAACAUGAAGUUCUAACAGGUUUGCCAAGCUGCAAAUGAGGUCUAAAGUGAUGACUGAUUGUGAGAUUUUACUGGUGAUCCCCUGAAGCCCUGAUACAGGGCGAGUUGUAAUUACGUGACAUGCAAACCAUGUUUGGUCGUCUUAGGUUUGUUAAAGAACCACUGAUUGUUCGACACGUCUGGUUGCUGCAACAAGAAGGCUGUGCAGUGGCUGGAGAGUGAUUAUCACUGUACUGUAAUUAGCUUUGGGAGAUUAUCCACAGGGUCGAAUGAUUCUCAUGUCUGUAUGGUGAUGUGUAAAACCACUGCCUGAUGUGUUUAUAACUUUACUACUAUAUAAAUAAAAUCAACUAUUUUAA